AUGCGCGCCUCAUCAAUCUUGCAAGCGGUCCUCACUGCCAAUAUCUCCUUGGCUCUGGAUGUUCCCAGACAAGCUGCUGCACCAGCCAAGUACGAGCUCAAGACACCUCCACUAGACACACCAUGGACAUCGAAAGUCGGCCUCAACCCCUGGCCAGAAUAUCCAAGACCAAAGCUCCAGCGUCCUCAAUGGCAGUCUCUGAACGGAGUCUGGCAGUAUUCAAACGCUUCGAGUCUGGAUGCUGUCAACAAUCCUCCAUUCAAUCAGACUCUUUCUCAGGAAGUUCUGGUGCCCUUCUGUCUUGAAAGUGGCCUGUCUGGCAUUCAAGGAGAAUACAUGUUCUACUCGUGGUACUCGACUAAAUUCGUAGUACCAACGAAUUGGACUGGCGAUCGAGUGCUCUUGAACUUCGAUGCCGUUGACUAUGAGGCUACGAUAUUUGUGAAUGGACAGCAGGUUGCAUUCAAUCGUGGUGGCUAUUUUGCCUUUUCUGUUGAUGUUACGGAUCAUCUCAACUCAGGCUCAUCGAACGAAUUGAUCGUCUUUGUACAUGACCCGACAGAUAGCGAUCCUUAUGUCAUUCCGAUUGGGAAGCAGACUCUACGCCAAUCACAUAUCUUUUACCGACCCUGCUCCGGUAUUUGGCAAUCUGUUUGGAUGGAGUCCGUCCCGGCAAACUACAUCACUCAGCUUGAUAUCAAUGGAGAUGCGAAUGGCAAUCUCAACCUUACCAUUGCUGCUUCACAGAGCAACAGCUCGGAUUUGCAGGUCACGAUUGUCGAAAAGGAUACCAAGAAGGUCGUAUCGACGCAAAAUGGUACCUGUGGCAACACAUUCAGCUUCAAGAUCGACAGUCCCAAGCUGUGGAGUCCUGAUUCACCAAACUUGUACGAUGUGAUGAUCAAAGUGGGACAAGAUGAGAUCACCAGUUAUACUGGCUUUAGAUCCAUAUCAAGGGAAGCUGUCAAUGGCGUCCAAAGAAUCAUGUUUAAUGGCGAGGCCAUCUUCCCCUUUGGUACUCUGGACCAGGGAUACUGGCCAGACGGGCUGCACACGCCCCCAACCUACGAAGCAAUGGUAUACGACAUCAAGACGCUCAAGAAGAUCGGCUUCAAAUUUCUACGCAAACACAUCAAGGUGGAGUCGCCGCUGUUUUACCAAGCUGCCGAUGAGCUGGGAAUACUUGUCAUGCAGGAUAUGCCCGCUCUCCGUCCGUCUCAAACUCGAACGMUAGAAAACUGCACCGAGAUUACAAUUCUGCCAGAUGCCGCUCAACAGCAAGAGUUCCAACGGCAGCUCGAGCUCAUGGUUACUCAGCUCAAAAGCUAUACUUCAAUCUUUGCUUGGGUGAUCUAUAACGAGGGAUGGGCCCAGAUUACUGAUUACUACCCAGAGUUUGAACUCACCGAUAUCGUGCGUCAACUCGAUCCAACAAGACUUGUCAACGCAAAUAGCGGCUGGUUUGAUCAUGGAGCUGGAGACUUUAGUGACAACCAUCACUACGCGAACCCUCAAUGCGGCACUCCCUACUAUUCGACUGCAUCCAGUCCGUUCGAUGCCUCCCGCAUUGGGUUCCAAGGCGAAUUCGGCGGUACUGGACACAAUCUCUCUGCCGAACAUCUUUGGAAAGUGGAUCAGGCCAUCAAUGCCAUUAAUCAAACCUACGAGAUCGAUGAGACUUUGGAAGUUUGGAAUGCUCGCGGUCAUUUCCUGCUUGAGGAACUUCGCUCUCAAAUCGAGCUGUAUUCUUGUGCGGGUGGUGUUUGGACUCAGACCACUGAUGUCGAAGGCGAGGUCAAUGGUAUGCUCAGCUACGAUCGACGGAUCUUGAGGCCUGAUCUUGCACAAUGGAACAAGGACAUUGAGGCACUCUAUGAUACCGCUGCCAAGAGGUCGAAUGCUUCUAUGCCGGCACUCUAG